AUGCCUUGGCUUCUCGAGCCAUCCUCCCCCAUCCCGUUCACUGACGAUGUCCAAGUGGACAUUGACCCUACACCGACGUCUUCCCCCUUUGCGUCCACACCUACCCCUGGUAGUCCUUUGCCCUCGCCCUCGCCCUCGCCAUUGUCCAGCCCAUUGAUAUUGGGUUCUGUUCAUACCUCGGAUGUAUUCACAAGUGGCAUUCCAUUGGCAUCAAUUGAUUAUUACCAUCCAUCUACUCCACCAACAACGACAACAACGACAACAACUACGACAACGUUGGUGGAUCAAAUGUGCCCAUAUCAAAUGUCAUCGCCAUUCCAGCCACAAUCACCUUUUAUGUCACCUAUGUCGACCACGAGCAUGACAAGUGACACCGAGCUAUCCCAGCCAGAGACCCCGUCAUCCCCCUACCCCGUCACUCCUAUUCUCGCGCCGACUAAGAAGAAGAAACAAGUGACAUCCCCCUACUCCCCCAAAUCGCCAGCCAGUGUUGCAUCCAAAGAAUUGGCCACCGCAGAACAAAAAUGUUCGCGAACACUCAAGAGUAUUACCGAGGCAUUCCUUGAUGAGUAUCGCACCGCUGAGCCAGAGAUGUACAUCGACAUUGGAAGAAUGGUAGACCGUCUCCAAGUGACCAAGCGCCGCUUCUACGAGAUCAUGAACGUGAUGGAGUGCUUUGGAGUCGUACGCAAGGAGGUGCGCGACACCUACUUUUGGCUGGGCUUUGAUAACAUUGGCGCCUCGAUCAAGGCAAUCCAACAACUUUCACAAGCACUUGCCAGUGCUGGAGUCCCACAGCCGUCAGUUACCGCUGUUGCGGUGGACCCCUACGGAACCAAGGUGUCAUCAAUCACAACUUUAUGUCACCAGGUUGUCAAUCUGUUCCUUAACAGACGUGUUACCAGCAUGGUUGACGUCAGAGAAUCACUGCAUCUCUGCGCCAAACAAGCACCAUGCAAACGACUUUUACAUCAUAACUUUCACGGGGAUGCCGAGCACAGUCUUCUUGAUUAUCUUUCUUUGUAA